GGAGAGGCGGGGGGGAGGGAAGAGGCUGCAGAAGCCGAAGCCCUGACCCACCGGCAGGCAGGGGCUGCGGCGGCGCGGACUGUCCGCCAGUACCCAUCAACUCCUCCGUGAGGCUUUCGGCGGCCGUGAGAAACACAAGAUGGGCACUGGGCGGGUGUCACCUACGAGCAAGCACCUGUGAUUGCUCUCAGCAGCUCGCCGCUCCCACCGCGACUUUUUUUGCACAGGGGACCGGAGGAGCCCGUGUCGGGGCGACACGGGGACACCGAGCCCCCGCCAGCGCUGUUCACCCUUUGCCCGCAGAGCCGGCGCCCCCCAUGCGCCAGGCAGCCGAUCGGUGGCGUCUGGGGGCACCAUGGCCUCGGCGACCGCGGCAGCGGCUCCGGGCGAAGCGGAGGAGACCACCCGGCUCCGCAAACCGCGGUUCUCCUUCGAGGAGAACCAGAUCCUGAUCCGAGAGGUGCGUGCCCACUACCCUCAGCUCUACGGCUCGCAGAACCGUCGGGUGAGCGUGGCCGAGCGGCGGCGAGUGUGGGACAGCAUCGCCAGUAAGAUCAAUGGCAUCACCAGCUGGAAGCGCACGGGCCAGGAGGUUCAAAAGCGUUGGAACGACUUCAAGCGCCGCACCAAGGAGAAGCUGGCCCGAGUGCCGCACUCCACGCAGGGCGCGGGGCCCGCCGCCGAGGACACCUUCUCCACGGAGGAGGAGACUAUUUUCGCCAUCCUGGGGCCGGGUGUGGCGGGGCCCGGAGCUGGCGCCGGGGCUGAGGAAUGCCCGGCAGCCGCCUCUUCACAGCCGCAAGCUCCGUCCGCGGGGACACAACGGUGUGUUUUGUCGGAGGACCGAAGGCAGGAUCGACGGGCAGAUACCCCAGCCCAGAGCAAAGGGGGCUCCAGCAGCCCGGAGUCCUGUUCCCGGCCCUCUUGCAAUCCCCCGGAAGCCAAGGAGCGUGAGUCCCCAUCCCCUGCAGCCAUGCAGCCUGUCCAGCUGCCCCGCCUGGCCUUGACUCCACCGCUACCUGCCCCUCCACCUCCACCCACGCCGCUGGCGCAAGUGGCACCCUCACCCCCUAGCCCGCCUCCUCGGCCCGCCUUAGCCCCAGAACAAUCCCUGGACUUUCUGCGGGCUCAGCAGGAGACUGCCAAUGCCAUCAGAGAGCUGGCUGGCACCCUUCGGCAGGGUCUGGCGAAACUGAGCGAGGCCCUCAGCGCCCUGUUACCCCUUCUGCCGGGAACCCCGGCUGACCUGCUGCCUCCGCCCCCACCGCCAUCUCUGCCCCCACCUCCCAAGCCAGUCCUGCCCCCACCCGCCCCCAAGGUGGAGAUGGCCCCAGAGCCUGUGUCCGUGGUAGCCGCUGUCGUGGAUGGGGCGGUGGUGGCAGCCAGAGGGGUGAUCAUCUCCCCUAGGAGCGAGGAAGGGGUGCCCAAACCGCCCCCAGCCCCACCCCUUCCCCUCCACGACUCGCCACCACACAAAAGGAAGAAAGGCUUCCCCACACGGAAGAGGCGAGGCCGCUGGAAGUCUCCGUGAAAUCUGCUCCCGUCCGCGCUCCUGCCUGCAAACCCCCUCCCUGCUUGGCGCAGUCGAGGAGGAAGAUGCUGUUCGCCCACCCUCGCUGCGCCCUGGCUUCCUGCUCUAGGGAAGUGAGCACCCCACUUCCUGUGCUAGUUAGUGCCUGAUUCUCUGGGUGGGACACCCUCAGCCCCGUUCUCUGGUACAGUGGUUGUCUGCCUGACUGCCUCCUGUAACCCCAACUUGUAAGCCAUCAAUUUUACGUUGUUAUAUUGCCCCUCGUGGGGUGGGACGGGGGACCUCCUGGCUCUGUGACUGCCCCUUUGCCUAACAGUUGCUGUCCUUGAAGAGAAGCAACGCGUGGGGGCUUCCCUACUCUACCCCAGCCCAGACUUCGGAAGGGUUGGGCGUUUGCUAGACAAAUAAGAAUGUAGAGGCAGAGGACUUUAGGGACAGGGAGGUGGGAUUCGGACUGAGGAGGUUUAGGCGGGGUCCUCUGCCUCCGGUUGCUGCGUGGCAUGUCUGACCUCCGGAGCUCGGCCCCCCCCUUCUCCUCAGUGCUGACAAGAUGUCAAUAAACUUAUUUUCGUACAAUUAA